UCAUCGGCGCGCGCUGCCAGCGCCGCCCGCCCGGGAACAUGUCGCCGCCGCUCUUCAGCCUGCCCGAGGCGCGGCUCCGCUUCACGACAUCUACCAGAGAGGCCCUGAUUAACAAAAGCAUCAAGCCGUUGCUGAAUGCAUUUAACCAGGUUCCUGGGAGUGAAAAUGAAAAGAAGUGCACCUUGGAUCAAGCUUUUAGAGUUGUUGUGGAAGAAGAAAUAAUAAACAAAGCUCCAUGUGAAAAUCUSCUGGCAAUCAUUUCUCUUGCUAUUAAUGGAGUCACAGAAGGUAUCUGCACUGCAUCAACUCCAUUUGUGCUUUUGGGGGAUGUUCUGGAUUGCCUCCCUUUGGAUCAGUGUGACAAAAUUUUCACUUUUGUGGAGAAAAAUGUUGCUACAUGGAAAUCGAAUACAUUUUACUCUGCAGGGAAAAAUUACUUGCUACGCAUGUGCAAUGACCUCUUAAGAAGAUUAUCUAAGUCRCAAAACACGGUCUUUUGUGGAAGAAUUCAACUGUUCUUGGCUAGGUUAUUUCCGCUUUCAGAAAAGUCAGGGCUUAACUUGCAGAGCCAAUUUAACCUGGAAAAUGUCACUGUUUUCAAUACCAAUGAACAUGAAAGCACUCUGGGACAGAAGCACACAGAGGAGAGGGAAGAAGGAAUGGAUGUAGAAGAAGGUGAAAUGGGAGAUGAUGAAGCACCAACAAGUUGUUCCAUUCCAAUAGAUUAUAACCUGUAUAGAAAAUUCUGGUCGCUUCAAGAUUAUUUUAGAAAUCCUGUGCAGUGCUAUGAGAAGGUGUCAUGGAAAACUUUUCUAAAGUACUCAGAAGAAGUUUUGGCUGUUUUCAAAAGUUACAAAUUGGACGACACUCAGGCUUCACGAAAAAAGUUGGAAGAACUAAAAACAGGAGGAGARCAUGUAUAUUUUGCAAAGUUCCUAACUAGUGAAAAGCUGAUGGAUUUACAGCUGAGUGACAGUAACUUUCGCCGUCACAUCUUGUUGCAGUACCUAAUACUAUUUCAGUAUCUAAAGGGACAAGUCAAAUUUAAAAGUUCAAAUUAUGUUCUAACAGAUGAACAGUCUCUUUGGAUUGAAGAUACUACAAAAGCAGUUUACCAGCUUCUUUCAGAAAAUCCUCCCGAUGGGGAAAGAUUCUCAAAAAUGGUAGAGCAUAUAUUAAAUACUGAAGAAAACUGGAACUCAUGGAAAAAUGAGGGCUGCCCAAGCUUUGUGAAAGAAAGAUCUCAUCCAGAGUUUCAGCUUGGACCUCCUGAUUCUAAGCCAAUGAGGCCUGUGAGAAAGAGGCCAGCUCCAGAGGACUUCUUAGGAAAAGGAUCAAGCAAAAAAAUCCUUAUGGGGAAUGAGGAACUGACUCGCCUUUGGAAUUUAUGUCCUGAUAACAUGGAAGCCUGUAAAUCUGAGAGYAGGGAAUAUAUGCCAACAUUGGAGGAAUUUUUUGAAGAAGCUAUUGAACAAGCAGACCCUGAAAACAUGGUUGAAAAUAAGUAUAAGGCUGUGAACAAUUCUAACUAUGGCUGGAGAGCACUGAGACUUCUGGCACGCAGAAGUCCCCACUUCUUCCAGCCAACAAACCAACAAUUCAAGAGUUUACCUGAAUAUCUAGAAAACAUGGUAAUCAAAUUAGCCAAGGAGCUGCCUCCUCCUUCUGAAGAAAUAAAAACAGGUGAAGAUGAAGAUGAGGAAGAUAAUGAUGCUUUAUUAAAGGAAAACAAUGAAAGUCCAGAGGUGCAACGGGACAAAGCCAUGACAGGAGAGCAGAUCGAGUCCUUUGCAAACAGGCUGGGGGAGCAGUGGAAGGCCUUGGCCCCCUACUUGGAGAUGAAGGAGUCUGAUAUCCGGCAGAUUGAGCUGGACAGCGAGGACGUGAAGAUGAGAGCAAAGCAGCUGCUGGUGGCCUGGCAGGAUCAAGAGGGCACACACGCCACCCCCGAGAACCUGAUCAUGGCACUGAACAAAGCUGGGCUUGGGGACCUGGCYGAAAGCCUCACCAAUGACACCGAAGGCAGCAGCUAACUCAGAUGCCAACUGACUGAUUUGGGGCUGGGGUGUUGGUAAUUGUGACUCUUCUGGUGCCUGUCAUUGAUAAUUGUUACUUUUGUYGCUAGGUAACAGAUUUUUGAUAGGUAUUUUAUGUUUGGUAAAUGAUAUAAAGCUUUUUAAUAAUACUGUUAGAUUGUCCAGAUUGUCUGAGAAAAGACUUUAGUCGCCCUGGCCCAGAACUAGGAAGCUUCAUCUUUGAUGGUAGAGCAUAAAGGGGAGGAUGGAGAGUCAAGGCAGCUUUUGGUGCAGGCUCUGGGAGGGUUUGGCACCAGCAGAACUUGGGUCACUCCCGUUGGACAGAGCAUUGGCAGCCUCAUUCAUCACAGCAGGGAAGGACUCUGAGUGAAGAACUUCCGAGUUACCAUUUGGGGUGAUGGGAGCUGAGGACUGUGAAAACCUCCCUGGCAGAGGUAAAAURAGAGGGUUGUUGUGAUGGCACUCCAAGGCAUAGCAUUGACUUCCAGGGAAGAAGUACUGAGCUGCUCUCCAGCUGAAGAACUGGUUCAGUCAAUGAUCAYGGGGUUUCCAUGCUGGGUUUUAUUAGUGAUUAUUUUUAGCCUCUUAUUCUUUGGCUAUAUAGAAACUCCUCUGAAUCAUGGUAGACAAAUUUUUUUUGUCACGAGUUACUGUGAAGGUUUCAUUUUAAGGCCAUGGCUGUCUGUAGAUGGGUACAACCUGUUUUCCCUCAAGAAGUCAGAUUUUUUUUUGGUAUUAAGUGGCAGCUGGCUGUAGCAGUUUGACAAAUAACAAUGUGGACCUCUGUUUCUUA